AUGUGGGAAUAUCUGGCCGUACUUCUGCUUGGAUUUUGGCUGGGCGUAGCUAUUUUCCUCUACGUAUCAUGUUACUGGCUUGAAGAGAUACUUGAUCUACCUCAACAACGCUCGACACACAACCAUGUAGGUGCUAGCGGUGCGCACGCGCAGUUAAAGCGCUUGGUCGCUAGAGUAGUUGAAGAGGCUGCAGCACUGCCCGCACUUGCUAGGUAUACUGCUGAACCGCACACGCCAAGUGUUUCAUCUACAUAUGAAGAUCUUCUAGCCACUGCCAUCCUAAAUAAGGUUAUAGAACGUUAUCAAACGGAAAGCGGGUCAGGUGGUCGCAGUAGCGGUAUACAUUCGGCUAGCGCCAGUCCAUCACCCUCCGACAGAUCCUCUCCACGAUCUAAUUCUAGAAACACAAGAGAUAUCACUCCUCCAAUUCAUGAAGAAGAUGAUGCAUCUGACUGGGAAGAAGGCACAGACGAAGCACUUGAGGUACCUCGACGCGUACCCUUCCCAGAGUUUGGCGGAGAUAUCGUCCAUGCAACAGAUAAUGAAUUCCGAGAUUUCGAUGAAGUUUCUGGCAGCGAUAUACAGGCAGCGGAUGGUUCGUGGGAGGAAAACUGGCUUUUCCAAAAGAAAAAGAUAAAAAAUAUACAAUCUGCGCCCGUACCAAUGCUUGUUCCUAAUUCUAAUACACAAUAUAGGGCACUUAUUGGUGACAGGGAUGCUGAAGACACGACAGAUCUUUCUGACAAUGCCAGUGACGAUGAAGAACAAGAUGUUGAAUUCAGAAGUGAUAUUAAAAAAGUACUCGAGUCUAAACACGUCAUUGGUGGUAAACCUAAAAUAGAUGAAGCUUUAGAUUUCGAACCUGAUAGUUUAACGAUGAUUGAAGGAGAAGGUGCUGAGGAUAUAAGAAAUGAACAAAAUGAAGGUGAAGAUACAAUAGAUUCUCCUACAUUAGUUCAGAAAAACAUUUGUAAUGGUAAUGCUAUACAUAAUGAUAAUAACGAGACCCACAAUUCUAUAUUAAUUCUUGGUCUUGAUAGUGGGCCUCUAUCUAAAACGGAGUUCAAUCUCAAAGAAGAAAUACAUAGAACUGUAUUGAAUGGUCAUGCUGAAAACUAUACAGACGAAAGCCUAAGAGAAGAUAGUAUUGACGCUAGUUUUACUCAUACUAAAGAAAACACAAGCACACUCAAUCGUUCGGAACGAGAGAAAUCGUAUGAGGAAACAGAAGCAUUGCCAGUCCAGAGAUAUGCAGACAGCUUGAGAAGAAAACACUUCGUAGAACCUCAACAAUCUCAAAAUGAACAAGAGGAAGACUUAAUACCAGGUUCCAUAGCAGAUAGGGAACGUAAAAAGUGGCUGAACUAUGUUGAAAUGCCAAAUAACCCUUACUCGCCUGAAGCAAUUAAGAAGAGACUUUCUGCUAAAAGCACAUCUUCUCUUUUUGAUUCAAUUACCUCUAAAAAGGAUGUAGAUGAAGAAAAAAUAACAUCAAGUCACAACAAUAGCAGGAUUAUCAAGAGAGAAGACUCUGCAAAUGAUGUAGAUGGAACACCGAAAUUAAAUUCUAGUAUAAGCACAGAUAAUACAGUAAUGGAUGAUAGAAGAUCGAUGAGUCCGUCCCCCAAAAUUUUAAAAGAUGUGCUAUUAGAGGAAGUUCCACAAUAUAAACGAUACGGCCGUGAUUAUUAUGUGAAAGAGGCCAGAUCGUCAUCAGGGGAGCGAAAGAAAAACAGCUUCAGCGGCGCGAGUUCCCUCUCAAAUUCCAUAAACAAAUCGACCAGCUUAGAGAAUUUCGAUAGGGAGUUCGCACCUGGACUACUGAUACAACAGUUCAACACAAUCGCUACUAAUCAGCAGUACACUAAAUUCAGUGGUAAAGAUAAAGAAAAUAUAUCUAUAACAACGAUGCCUACCGAAUACAAAAAUGAAAUAUUAAUAGAAUAUGAAGACGCCAACGAAAAUACAUUAUUUCCAGCAAAGUCUGUAUACGCAGAUGAUGAAACUGACAGGAAAUUCGAAGAAAUAUUGCAGACCGCCUACAAUUCUGACAAAAUCUCACCCACAGAUAACAGUGAACGUGAGAAAUCGCCUAUAAGUAUAGAGAACUCAUUAAGCUCUAGUAUAGAAGAUUCAAUUAAAAUUUAUAAUGUACAAACUGGUGAGAUUGUGAAAUGUACACCUGAAGAUAAGGUAUCAAGAUACGCAACUGACAAAAAUGACAACAUCGAUAUACCAGAUAAGAAUGCGGGAGAAAACGAAACACACAGUGAGCACAGUGAUGUUGCAGACGACGCAGUGAUAAUAGACAGCUUAAAAACGGAAGUGGAAGAAAAAACGAGUGAAAUAGAUGAAUUAGCUGCACUGCUACCAAACGUGAAGGAGUUAGCAAAAAAGUUCGUGAGCAUGGAGAGCCUUAAUGAACCAAUCAAGCCACAACCCGUUAUUAAAAGGCAAAAAAGCAAAGAAAACAUUUUGAGUCCAGACAUUAAAGAGAAGUACGGCAACAAACUAACAUACAUGCACAGUCUCACCGCAAGAAGUAUUUCGAAAGAAUUUCGUGAAGAAUUAAAAUUAUCUAUGGCUACUCCACUGACAGUCCCUGGGGGUGCCAAAGGUUUACCUGAAGGUGAAGAGGUCACAAGAGAGUCUAGUAGACCAGGCAGUCCAGUGCCAGAACCAGGAACAAUUAAAACAAAAUUGGCCUUCUUCGAAAGCCUCAAAACAAAAUUGACAAAA